UAGACCUGAAUUCCGCAUUUGCAUGAUCUGCGUGCUUGGCCCAUUCUCCCGCAUUCCUCGGCUCGGAACUAAUCGCCUCCUCUCUACCACCACGACGCGGUCCCACAGGAACGUGUAAAAGUACUUCAUCUGUGUAUCCUGAUCCCGGGCCGUCAGAUCAGGCUAGGCUGAAGCGUUCCAAAUUCUGGUCCGGACACCUCGUCACGAGCUAAGUUUUUACCGUAAUCUCGAGGCCAUGCGGCUUGAUUGAUCUACGCCGUCGAUCACGAUGAUCGGGAGAUCUAACCAGCCAAGGUGGUCCACGGCCCUUGGCCCAGUAGGCGAUCCUCCAUUGGUAGCAGUACCAGGGUCUGUGCUUCGCAUGUAGCUUACGAUUACCGGCUUCUUUUAGUAGAGUACUCGGCCCGCAUUCAGCAGGUCAGCUGGGGAGCGUUACUUUCGCGGCUGACCGAUUUGUUCUAACCUCUGACCUAUUCCCCGUCGUGAGUGCCGGCCAUGGCGGCUGGUCCGUUAACUCCAACCGCUAGCGGCUCCCAAUCCCAACUCCCCAACGGCACCGCUGCAUCCGCCACCACCCCGACUUCCGCGUCCGCAUCCGCCGCCGCGUCUGCCGCUGCGCCGUCGCUCGCGGAGAUCCGGUCGCUGACGGACAUCGGCGCCAUGACGCGGCUGCUGCACGAGACGGUGGCGAGGGAGCGUGACAUCGACAACGAGCUCGCCGCGCUUCUCGCCGCGAGAGGCGGGCUGGAGCGGCGCCUUCUAGGCCUGCAUAAAGCGGCAGCCGACGUCCUUGAAUUAGUCCGUACAGACGCUGACGCCGUUCUCGCGUCGGUGUCGGGAACCAGCCAGCUCGCCUCACGGGUCAGCGGGAGCGUCCGGGAGCGCGACGCGGCGCAGUCCCGCGUCGCGAUCACCAUAGCGCGGAUCGACGCGAUCGUGGACCGCAGCAACUGCAUCACCGGCGCGCGGAACGCGCUCGAGGCGUCGGACUACGAGGCGGCGGCGCGGUUCAUAGAGACCUUUCUGCAGCUUGACGAGGAGUUACUCCAUCCCACCACGCCGCGCUCGCCGAUCGCCGCGGCGGAUGCGGCGGCGGCGGCGGCGGCGCUGCUCGGGCAGGCCCCUCCGCAAGCGGCGGCGGCGGUUUCGCCGCAUGCGAUGGAUUCGCAGGCGGCGGAGACGGCGCGGGAGCAGCGGAGACAGCUCGUGGAGUCAAAGGUCAAGCUCGAAGGGGUUAUCCGCAAGCGCUUCGCGGCGGCGGCGGACGAAAUGGACCAGGCGGGGGUGGAGCGUUUCGUGCGCCUGUUCCCCCCGCUCGGGCUGCAGGCGGAAGGCUUGCGCGCGCUCGUGGGGUACCUCCGCAAGGUCGUGGCGGUGCGCGCGCGCGAGCAAUUCGCGGCGCUGCUUUCGUCCCUAGAUGUUGUCGCCAGCAACGCCGGCGGCGGCGGCGCAGCGGCCGCUAUGCUUGCCGUCUCCCAGCAGGCGGAUUUCGCGGAGGCGCUGACGGCGCUGCUCCGUGACGUGGCGCUCGCUGUAGAGAGCAACGAGGAGCUCCUUAAAGCGGUCGCCGGCGAGGACGGCGUGGUGGCGGCGAUUAAAGAGCUGCAAGCGGAGUGCGACGCGCGAUCCGCCGCCAUUCUCCGCAAGUACGUCGAGCACCGCCGCCUGCCCCGCCUCGCGAAAGAAGCAGCGGCGGCCGCCGCCGCGGCAGGGUACACACUCGGCAGCACGGGCGGCGGCGGGCACGGAACGGGAUUCAGGGCAGCGGCAGCGAUGGGUGCGUCGGACGGGUCAGUGGUAGGGCCGAACCCGCAAGAGGUGGAGGCGUGUCUAGAAGAGGCGCUGCUGCUGUCCCAGCGCAGCCACGAGUACGCGCGGUUCAUCGCCGCGAAGCUCAGAGACGCGGAAGCCGCCGGCGCAGGCGUCUCCCCGCGCACCCUCACCACCUUCGCUAGCUUCGCCGCGCCCAGCGGAACCGGCGGAGGUGGCGGCGGAGGCGGGGGGAGUGGUGUGGGCGGCGGCGCGUUCGGGAAGAUCCUAGUAGACGUGAUGGGGUUCUAUGUGACUUUAGAGGAGUAUUUUAUGGUGGAGAACGUUGGAAAGGCGGUUAGGAUAGACGAGCCCGUUCCCGACUCGUUCACCUCCUCUAUGGUCGACGACGUGUUCUUUAUUCUCCAGAACGGCACGCGCCGCGCCGUCGCCACGUCGUUCCUCCCCGCCGCCGCCGCCGUGCUAGCCGCCACUGCCGCCGUCCUUCGCGCGGACCUCCGCGACGCGCUGCAGAGGAGAUUAAGAGAGCCCAACCUCGCGGCGCGGCUGCUGGCCUCUGUGGCGGCAAGCGCGGCGGCAGGCGCGGGCGGGGUGGCGGGAGUGGCGGGAGGAGUCGGUGGGGGGGCGGGCGGGGUGGGUGGCGGCGGGGGAGGGGGAGGCGCGGGGGGGAUGGGCGGAGGAGGUGGCGGGUCGGAAGCUACGCUGGCGCUGGCGCUGAACAAUGCGGAUGUGAGCGCGGAGUAUGCGAUGAAGCUGAAGCAGGAGGCGGAGGAGUACAGCCUCGAGGUGUUCCCCACGCCAGCGGACAGGGAGCGGUUGAAGCCCAUUCUUGCCGACCUAGGCGAGACCAGCGCUGUCUUCCGCCAGGUGGCGGCCACGGGCCUGGAGCAGCUUGCCAAUGGCAUCGCCCCACGCCUGCGCCCUGUCCUCGACCUCCUCGCCUCCUCCAUCUCCUAUGAGCUUUCCGAGGCGGAGUACGAGGAGAGGGAAGCCACUGACCCCUGGGUGCAGCGCUUGCUGCUCGCGCUCGAGGCGUGCCUCGCCCCACUGCAGCCGCUGCUGACAGCCGCCAAUCAUGACGGGCUGGUGGGGCUCGUCACGGACAUGGUAGCACGGCGGGUCGAGGCGGCGGUGGCACAGAAGCGGUUCAACCAGCUGGGGGGGCUGCAGCUGGACAGAGAGGUGAGAACCCUCGUGGGGCACCUGUCGGCGUUGACAUCGCGGUCCGUGCGGGAUAAGUUUGCAAGGCUCACGCAGAUCGCGACGGUGCUGAAUCUUGAGAAGGUGGCGGAGAUCUUGGAUUAUUGGGGGGAUAAUGCAGGGCCCAUGACGUGGCGGCUGAGUCCCGCGGAGGUGAAGAGGGUGCUUGGGCAGAGAGUGGACUUCCGGCCCGAGGCCAUCGCCAACCUGCAGCUGUAGCCGCCAGCUGUAGACGUCGGCAUGGUGAUUUCCUUAGGCGCCUCACAAGCAGAGUGUGGACUUGAGGCCAGACGCCAUCGCCAACCUGCAGCUGCAGCAGCCAGUGGGGCAAGGGUGAUGCGGGUGGCGGUCAGGUGUAGUGGGCAGAUGUGGCACAUCUAGGGGCUGGUUGAUGCAGGAGCGGGCGAUGGUGCAUGUAUGGAUGACUGACCUCUGGAAUGCGGCUGGGGGGGGGUUCGGGGUGGUGGUUGGAAUGGGCUGGGGGUGACUCUACCCCAGAACAUGCGAGCUGCGGAGCACAAUGCUCGGGCGGGACAGGUAUUAUGAGAUCAAGAGGGGGGAUGGGUAUUGGACUUGGUUGAAUCGAAUGGCAGUCGAGGUUGAGGUGGUUGGCAGUGCAGUGCAGACAAAUACCGUUGGAAUUUCAAUGGAUGCAGAGCUUGGUAUGCUGCGUACUGUCCCCCUCGAGUCGAGAUGCCACCACAAUGCAUGUCAACUGCGUGUUUGGGUGAGAAUGUACCCACUGCAGAGGAUAUAUGUCAACGAAACUGCACUUCUGGCGUGCAUUGCGGCAUGUGAAUUGUGCGCUGUACACUCAGCAUUGUUGCAUGAC